AUGAAAUUGGACAUUUCGUGUUUUUGCUUCUUGUCAAAAAAUGAAUACAGAGUGCUCACGGCCAUAGAAAUGGGCAUGCGAAAUCAUGAGUAUUUGCCAGUGUCGUUAAUAGCAAGUAUAGCGAAUUUAAGAAAAGAAGGUAUAACAAGUGUGCUAAAAAAAUUGCUAAAAAACAAAUUGAUAAGUCAUGAAAAUAAAAAAUACGAUGGAUAUAAAUUAACAUAUUUAGGUUAUGAUUUCUUAGCCCUGAGAGCAUUUUUAAAUAGAGGAAUAUUAAAAAGUGUGGGGAAUCAAAUAGGAGUAGGGAAAGAAUCCGACAUAUAUAUUUGUAAAGAUACGAAUGAAAAUUUGUUAUGUUUAAAAAUCCAUAGACUGGGUAGAAUAUCAUUUAGAACUAUAAAAAAUAAUAGAGAUUAUUAUGGAAAGAAGAAUUUUCGAAAUUGGUUAUAUUUAUCAAAAAUAGCUGCAACGAAGGAAUAUGCAUAUUUAAAAGCAUUAUAUGAAAAUAAUUUCCCAGUCCCUAAACCAUGGGAUUUAAAUAGACAUAUGAUUCUAAUGUCAUAUGUAAAUGGUUAUCCCUUAUCACAUGUACGUAUUAGUAACCCCUUUAAAAUUAUAGAUGUGUUAAUAAAUACUAUUAUUAAAUUUGCAAAAGCAAAUAUUAUUCAUGGUGAUUUUAACGAAUUUAAUAUUUUAAUUGAUGAUGAUGAAAAGAUAACAGUUAUCGAUUUUCCUCAAAUAGUUUCUUUACAGCAUGAAAAUGCAAAAAUGUAUUUUGAUCGAGAUGUGAAAUGUGUUAUUAGUCACUUUUAUAGAAAAUACAAAAUAAAAAUUGAAGAUUACCCGUUAUAUGAAGAUAUUAUUUUGUUAAAUAAUCACAAAAUAAUUCUUGAUGAAAAUCUAAUUUCGAAUUCUGAUGACAAUGUUCUCAUGGACGUCCUGCAGAAUGAUAGGUCCAACUCAGGUUCUAGCUGCUCCGAGGAGUUCAAUUCGAACGACUCGUCCAGAUUCAGCGAGCCUUAUUUGUCUCCCACACGUGUUGGGAAAAGUGUUAGCAGUGAAGAAAAUCACCACAGUGAAGUAUCUCAUCAUAGUGAAGUAUCUCAUCAUAGUGAAGUAUCUCAUCAUAGUGAAGAUAUCUAUCAGAGUGUAAGGCAUAGACCAAGUAGUGUAAGCUCGGAUGGGAAACCUGCCAACGUGGAAACAUGGAAGGAAGAAGGAUCUCCAGAAUGUGAAGGAUAUUACAAAGAUGCAUACGAAAGCAACACUGAGAGGGAAAAAUUGAGUGACCAUUUGGAUAAAAGAUUGGACGAGUUAGAUGCAAUGGACAAAGGUGAAGAGGAUUGUAGAGGAAAUGCAGAACUUAUGGAGGUUGAGCAGCACGAAAAUAUGAACGAACAAGAGGGAACAGAAGAUGGACGAAGUAAUAACUGCGCCAAGGAAGAAGUUCUUACAAAUGGAAAAUGCCAGAAUAUGGAGAAGAUGAAUGUGGGUGAAGAGGACGAUAACAGUGGAGAUCUAUCUGUUCGCAGUGAGGAAGACACUGGCAUUGAAAUUGAAGACAGAAAGAGGAGCGAUAUUAUUGACGAGAGAAAGGAGAACGAUGAGAUUGGCGAGAGAAAGGAGAACGAUGAGAUUGGAGGAAGAAAGAAAAACGACGAUAUUGGAGGGAGAAAGAAGAAUGACGAUAUUGGAGGGAGAAAGAAGAAUGACGAUAUUGGAGGGAGAAAGAAGAAUGACGAUAUUGGAGGAAGAAAGAAGAACGACGAUACUGGAGGAGGAAAGAAAAACGUCGAUAUUGGAGGAAGAAAGAAGAACGAUGAGAUUGAUAGUAAUUUUGGAGAAGGAGGAGAAUCAGGAAAAGAGAAAGAGAAAAUUAAUCACUUGAAGAGCAGCAGUGUGAAGAGUACCAGUCUUAGGAGUAACAGUGGGAGUGACCACGAAGAACGAGAAUCGACAGAGUACUCGAGCUGCAGUUCCGAAGGAGAGAUGUCCGAUGAGUCCACCAAAAAAUUGUCGGAAACGUGGAAGCCGCACUUAAAAAAAUACACGAAGGAGUAUGUGAAGAGCAAAUUAAAAUACAUGUACAGGAAAAAAAAAAAUAAGGAAAAGUAUAAGGAAAAUUUAAAAACGAAAAAUAAAAAAAAAUUGAUGGAAAGAAUUAAAAAUUUUGUAUAG